UGAAAAAAAUGGAAUAAUGGAAGUGUGUGAAGUUGAAGCUUUGGUUUCUUUACUUUUAGCUUACACUGUACAAAGUCUGAUCACUGAGUGAGAGUGCUCAAGAAAGAGAAGAAGAUGUUAUGCUCUUCUUCUUAUUGCCUCUUUCUCACCAAUGCUUCUCACUGCCCUCACAGCCCUAGAAAGUAUUACCCCAAGGUUCCGAGUGGAGUUAAAUUUGGACAAUCAUGGUCAACUAUAAUUGCUAAUGUUUCUAAAAGCUCUCCUUGGCAUAAGGAGAAAUCAGCAUUGUACAAGAAGAAUUCCAAGCAAGAUUUUGCAAUGCAAACAAUGCUGAAAGACGACUCAGUUAUAAAGACAGUAGAAGAAGAUGCUGAAAAUCUUGGUAUUUUCACUGUGGAUCCAUCACUGUUACCGUACAAGGUUCACUUUACUUAUAGAUCCGAAAGAUACACUGAGCAGAAGGCUUUGAUUGAAAAACAUGAAGGAAGUCUUGAAGAAUUCUCUCAAGGUUAUUUGAAAUUUGGAUUAAACAGAGAGGGAAACAGUGUAGUAUACAGAGAAUGGGCUCCUGCAGCACUAGAAGCACAACUUGUUGGUGAAUUCAAUGGAUGGAAUGGUUCUAAACACAAGAUGCAAAGAAAUGAAUUCGGUGUGUGGACAAUAAGAAUCCCCGAUGAAGGUGACAAGCCAUCAAUUCCUCAUAACUCAAAGGUUAAAUUCAGGUUCAAGCAUGGCAAUGGUGUAUGGGUGGACAGAAUUCCUGCCUGGAUUAGAUAUGCAACUGUUGAACCCAAUAGUUUUGGAGCUGCAUAUGAUGGAGUUUACUGGGAUCCUCCACCUUCAGAAAGAUAUGAGUUUAAAUAUCCUCGUCCUCCCAAACCGGCUGCUCCACGCAUAUACGAGGCUCAUGUAGGAAUGAGUAGUGCAGAGCCACGCAUAAACUCAUAUAGAGAAUUUGCCGAUGAUGUUCUCCCUCGAAUUAAAGCGAAUAACUAUAAUGCAGUUCAGCUGAUGGCUAUAAUGGAGCAUUCUUAUUAUGCAUCAUUUGGGUAUCAUGUCACAAACUUUUUCGCUGCCAGCAGCAGAUCAGGAACACCUGAGGAUCUCAAAUAUCUCAUUGACAAAGCUCAUAGUUUAGGACUGAGAGUUCUUAUGGAUGUUGUCCACAGUCAUGCAAGCAACAAUCACACUGAUGGUCUUAAUGGUUUUGAUGUUGGACAAGGUACAGAGGAAUCUUACUUUCAUACCGGGGAGAGGGGCUAUCAUAAAUUAUGGGAUAGUCGACUUUUUAAUUAUGCUAAUUGGGAAGUCUUAAGGUUUUUACUGUCAAACGUGAGAUGGUGGCUUGAAGAGUUCAUGUUUGAUGGUUUUCGAUUUGAUGGAGUUACUUCAAUGCUGUAUCAUCAUCACGGAAUCAACACAGCCUUCUCCGGAAAGUAUGACGAGUAUUUCAGUGAGGCAACUGAUGUUGAUGCUGUUGUUUAUAUGAUGUUGGCUAAUUCUUUGGUGCAUAGCCUCUUGCCUGAUGCUACUGUUGUCGCUGAAGAUGUUUCUGGCAUGCCGGGCCUUUGUCGCCCAGUUAAUGAAGGCGGUGUUGGUUUUGAUUACAGAUUGGCCAUGGGCAUUCCUGACAUGUGGAUCAACUACUUGAAAAACAAAAAGGAUACUGAUUGGUCAAUGAAAGAAAUUGCACACACUUUAACAAACCGCAGAUACACUGAGAAGAGUGUUGCAUAUGCUGAGAGUCAUGAUCAGGCAAUUGUCGGAGACAAGACCAUUACCUUUCUGCUAAUGGAUAAGGAAAUGUAUUCUGGUAUGUCUGAUUUAGAACCAGCUUCAGCGGUUGAAAGAGGAAAUGCACUUCACAAGAUGAUUCACUUCAUAACAUUUGCGCUUGGUGGUGAAGGCUAUCUAAAUUUCAUGGGGAAUGAGUUUGGUCAUCCCGAAUGGAUCGACUUUCCAAGAGAAGGUAAUGAUUGGAGCUAUGAUAUGUGUAGGAGGCAGUGGGACCUUGUUGAUACCGAUCACUUAAGAUACAAGCACAUGAACGCUUUUGACAGAGCCAUGAAUUUGCUCGAUGAUAGAUUUUCAUUUAUUGCAUCAACAAAACAAAUUGUGAGCAGCACCAAUGAAGAGGACAAGGUAAUUGUUUUUGAACGCGGCGAUCUUGUUUUCAUCUUCAAUUUCCAUCCUGAAAAUUCUUAUGAUGGGUAUAAGGUUGGUUGUGACUUGCCUGGAAAGUAUAGAAUUGCUUUGGACAGUGAUGCUUUUGAAUUUGGUGGUCAGGGAAGAGUCAUUCAUGAUGUGGAUCAUUUUACAUCACCAGAGGGUAUACCUGGAGUUCCAGAGACGAAUUUCAACAACCGGCCAAACUCUUUCAAAAUUUCAAUCCCCUCGCACACUUGUUUGGUGUUUUUUAAAGUUCAAGAGGAUUCGCUUGAAGAGGACGACACAGAGGACAUUGUCGAUGAGAAGGAGGAUCCAAUGCAAGCCCAAGAGGCCAUAACUGCUGCAGAAGCAAAGGAGGAUCUCAUCGGAGUUACAGAGGUCAUAACUGCUGCAGCCGCGGAGGAGGAUCUCGUCGGAGUUAUAGCAACCAUAGCUGCUACUGAAGAUUUUCCAGUGGCUAACAAUGAGACGGCAGCGAUCGAUGAGGCAGAAGAAGGUGAAGACGCAAUCGAUGAUGAUUAGAGAAAUCACCGGAAUGUAAUUGCUAGUAUUGUCUGCAAUAAAAGUAUGAAUGUAAAUAGUGAGAAUUGCUUCCCUUGUUGUGUAUUUGAUCUUGAAUGCUGGCUUGUAGAAACUGAACCUAUAGAACUGUGUAUGAAGUUUUUUUCCCCACAAA